GCUUGUUCACACUGGGUCUGGCUAAAACGGCCCAAAACAAAGAAAUUCAAGAGGCCUCUGUUCUCUCUGUUGAUGUAUUCAAACAGAAGCCAGAUCUGGACUACAAAAUAAUACUUGAAGAGGGAGUAGCCCGUGCAUGGUUCCCACAAGGGCUUGUGGAUAUACGUUUCUGUUUGAUAGUGUCCUUCAAUCUGUUUUCAUGGGUGCAAAUAGGUGCAUGAGGGACCCAGCUCUGCUGCUGACACAUUUAGAGUUUAGCCUGCUUUGCCACAACCAGGAAGAUGUCGGGGUCCUACGAUGAAUCUGCUGCUGCUGCUGACGACGCUAUGGACAGCUUUUGGGAGGUGGGGAACUACAAGCGUGCCGUCAAGCGGAUUGACGACGGCCACCGGCUCUGCAAUGACCUCAUGGGCUGCCUUCAAGAACGUGCCAAGAUUGAGAAGUCCUAUGGUGACCAGCUGACCGCCUGGUCCAAGAGAUGGAGACAGCUGAUCGAGAAAGGACCCCAGUAUGGCACUGUGGAGAGGGCGUGGCUGGGUGUGAUGACCGAGGCUGAAAAGGUGAGUGAGCUGCACCAGGAGGUGAAGAACAGCCUGCUCAACGAAGACCUGGAGAAGGUCAAGAACUGGCAGAAGGAGGCCUACCACAAGCAGAUGAUCGGAGGCUUCAAGGAGGCCAAAGAGGCCGACGAGGGCUUCAAGAAGGCCCAGAAACCAUGGGCCAAGAAGCUCAAAGAGAUGGAGACUGCUAAGAAAACGUACCACAUGGCGUGUAAGGAGGAGAAACUGGCCGCAACCCGAGAGGCAGACGGGAAGACACAGGCCUCCGUCACAACUGACCAGCAGAAGAAACUCCACGAGAAAACAGACAAGUGCAAACAUGACGUGCAGAAGGCUAAGGAGAAGUAUGAGAAGUCUCUGUCGGAGCUGAGUGCUGUCACGCCCCCAUACCAGGAGAGCAUGGAGCAGGUGUUUGACCAGUGCCAGCAGCAUGAGGUCAAGAGGCUCACCUUCCUCAAGGAGAUCCUGCUGGACAUUAAACGCCACCUCAAUCUCACUGAGAACCAAAGCUAUGGCACGGUAUACAGAGAACUGGAGCGCACCAUCCUGGCUGCCAACACACAGGAGGACCUGCAGUGGUUCAGCAACCACCAUGGCCCUGGCAUGCAUAUGAACUGGCCCAUGUUUGAGGACUACAACCCAGAUGCCACUGCUGCUGUUGUUAAAAGGGAGAAGGUGCAGAAGCCGGCUGGGGCCCCACCAACCCCCAGCACUGACCAUGUCGCACCGCCUGGAGACCGCGGCAGCAUCAGCACUGAUCAUGUGGCACUGCCUGGUGACCGUGGCAGUGUGAGCAGUUAUGAAAAGAACCAGGCCUACUCUACUGAUUGGUCCGAUGAUGAGGCGCCUGCAGCCCAUUCAGGCGGUGAGACCAACGGGGGUGGGAAUGAAAACUCCUUUGAGGAAGACUCUGGCAGUGCCGGAAAAGGGGGUGCUGGGACCGGAACUGCGUCUGGGGUCCGGGUGCGUGCUCUGUAUGAUUAUGACGGACAGGAACAAGAUGAGCUCACCUUCAAAGCUGGUGAUGAACUGACCAAGACUGAGGAUGAAGAUGACCAAGGCUGGUGUCGAGGUCGCCUGGAUACAGGCCGAGAGGGACUGUACCCGGCCAAUUACGUUGAGGAGAUUUAAUGACCCCAGAGGAGGAGGAUAUGCCAUUGGAGGCAGCUCAGACUGUCCCAUCCAAUCGCACUGCACAUAGCCAGAGACUUACGAACAACACAUCCCUUGCCCAACAGAUGCGCCAAGCAGUCUUGACUAAAUAUAAUCUUAGUAACGUAAGAAAAGACAAUAUAUAAAUAUUAUAUUUAUCCAGUAUUUGAGGUGGGGAGGAUUUAAACACUAAAACAGGAGCAGCAUUUAUUCCAGUCUUCACAAACUCAAACAUAACAUUGAGCCAAUGCAGGGACACAUUUUGCAUAUCUGUGCUGUGUUUGAUAUAAAGAUCAUGCAGAUGAUGUAACUUUUUUUUUGCACUACAUUCUCCUGUAACAGUGUGACAAUAAUGUAACCAAUUAUACCUACCUACCCGUUUAACCAGAACAAGCUACUAAGCCUACAUUGUGUAUAUAUGGCGCCAUUUUGUGUAGCAUUUUCAAUGCUGUGUGUUCAGUCCUCAUGCUUACAUUGGGAAUGCUGUGUAUUGUUAAAAGUACCACAAAAUGUAUCCUAGAUUUUAUUAUUUUAUUUUUUGUGAUUUGGUCUAAUCCCUUUUACCAGUGUGUGCAUUGCUACAGUAUGUGUUUAUCUCUGUUUCUCAGUUGGUUUGCUAUAGCAGCAUGUGCUAUGCAACAUGCUUUCCCUAAACCUCCAAGCCAUAUUAAGGCUACAAGAUGCAACAAAUCCGCUGAUAUGAAAACCAAUGCAGAGGAUCAGAGUUCACCAUUAGACACAGACAAAGCAUUGGAAUAGCACCACAAGCUUGUGUCUGACUUCAUAGCCGGAAGUGGAGUUGGUGUAUAGACAAUUUUUCUCUCUUCCCAUCACCACCCUUGAAUCAUAACAUCUAAUUUCAAUUAAUUGCAGGGUAUUAUCUAGAAUUCUGUAUUUUCUUGGUCAGUAGGCAAGAUAUUAUCACCAGCUUGCUUUUAUUUUAUCUGUCAGUGCUGACAAGAAAGAUUUGAUUGUUCAGGUGAUGUAAUCAGGCAUAUUAAAUGUAAAUGUAGUUGUUUUCAGGAUAUAGGAAAAAUGGUUUUGAACUAUGUUCGUGUUUGAUUCUUGUCUCCUGGUAAGAUAGGGGCAUCAAUCUUGAUGGUGCCAUGCUGCAGAUCCUGGUCUUAAAAUGGGAAUGUGGACAUGAAUGUAGUUGUAGGGGCCUGGAAGGAGACAUGCUGUUUUUAACUAGGCAUGUUGUAUUCCACUGUCAUAGAGAACCCUACAAGGCAAAAAGCACUUAUGAGCCCAUUCACCUGGGGCCCGAUUCUGACUUAGGAAAUGUAUGCCCUUUCCUACACAUGCCUUUCCUAUGCACUACUCAGUAGUUGGUAUUCAUACUUACCUUGUGAAGGGGCGUCACGGGCUUUGCAGGCGUGGUUCCCUUGUGCGCGCUGAAUACAUUUAAUUCAACCGCUAAAAAACCCUCCCACUUGCUG